GGUCGUAGUCGAAACAAAAAACAGAGCAAAGUCGUAUCUUCACAAAGGAAGUGCAAAAAAGAAAGAUUUUUCGCUCGUUUUCUUUUUUUACUCAUCAAUAAAAUAAUUAAGUUUUUUAAAAUAUCUUUUAAUUAAAUGAAAAUUACUACUCUACCGAAAGAAGUUACAUCCAUAAGCUUGAAUCCUUAAAAAUAGCAAAGAAAAGUGGUGUGUAAUUUCAAUGCAUUGAAGAUUGUGGAACGUCGUUGUCGUCUUAUCAAACUGUUUACCUACAUGUCUGUCGAGUGUAAAAAGCCACUGAACCAUGUAAUUUCCAUUCCAAUGGAAUCCACAUAUGGAAAACCAUCAUCAAAUCCCUCUUCUGAUAUCAAUUAAUUUAAAAUAUUUCCCAUUACUACCAAAAGUGUAUAAAUUGCAAUUAUUGUAUAGUUAUAAUUAGUCUCUCCUAUAGCUCCCCCUUUGAUAAUUAGAUAGAGAAUAACCUACCCCCAUCAUUCCUCCUCUUUAAACAUACGAACGAGAAGAAAAAAAAAACAUGUCGAAACCACCGACAGAUACUUCUGGCCUUGGAUAUUCCUACCACAUGCCAUCUGGUGGAUUGUUUCUACGCCUCAAGAGCUCCCUGUCGCAAUUUAGUGAUCUCUUCAGUGAGUUCAACAGGUAUAUUGCUCCAGCUUAUCACCACGACCGCUGUGAGCGAUCCGUUCACAUGCGUCUCUACUCAAUGCAUAAACGAGAAUUCGUCAUGGUCUUCCUGGGAUUUUUCACGUGCUUCGGUCUGGGCAUUGUUAUCGGUUUGGCGGGACCGCCCAUAACCAGCACCUCGGAGAUUAACGACAGGUCCAUCUUAGCUAACACAUCACUAGCCAAUGAUUCUAGUAUUCUAGGAACGGGGCCCUUCGCAAUGAAGACUCCACUUAUGACAACGUACUCACAGCAACUUUGGCUAAUUGCCAAAUUGGUUACUGAUAAUAAUGAUGAUGAAACAUAUGACAAAAGUUUUCAAAUCAGUGUCGGAGUUGAGGGUAUAACUUCGAAACACACGCCUCUGAGUAUCCUUUCUGAGGAUAAUGUGAGGAAUCGAACGAGACACUUGCACUGUGAAAGGAACAAUUGCAAGGAGUUCACAGUUGUUCAUUUGGGGUUCAUUGAUUACGCGCAUUAUAUCAUUACAGUGAGGUUCCUGGGAUUGGAAUCAUUUCAUCAGAAGUAUACAAUUAAAGAAAUUACAUUUUAUUUCAAGACAUACAGUCCGGAGUUCACACAAAUUGAAAUUUGGUUUCGUUUUAUAUUUCUGUUGUUUACAUUUAUUGUAAUUAUCUGGUAUGCGCACACGCUGAGGAGAUAUCCCGCAAUAGAUUGGUCCAUCGAACAGAAGUGGAUGUCUAUCUUGUUGCCUUUGCUUCUCUUUUACGAUAAUCCCUUCUUCCCAGCGAUAUUCUUGUUCAACUCCUGGUUUCCGGGAAUGUUAGAUGCCGUUUUGCAGGCAACCUUCCUUUGUGCCCUGCUAAUGUUUUGGCUUUGUAUUUACCAUGGACUGCGACAAAACGAACGUCGGUUUAUGCGAUUCUAUUUGCCUAAAGUUAUUGUAGUUCUACCUAUUUGGCUGUGCGCUAUUGUCUUAGCAACGUGGGAAAAGUGCAACGAGUUAAGGGAUCCAACUUAUAGUCAUUUUGUCGAUACCAAGAACUAUAAUGGAUUCAAAUUGUUUUUCUACAUCGCUGGUGUGAUGUACAUCAUGUAUUUGUCUUUAUUGGUGCUAAGAGCGUACACAGAAUUACGCUCAAUGCCAUAUUUUGAUAUGCGUCUUAAAUUUUUAACGUUACUUAUGCUAUUCGUCCUAUCGAUAACCAUAACCGUUACAACAUGUCGUUUUGGUUUUGGAAUUUUAGAAGAUAAUUUUGUAGCCUCAUUGAACACUACGUAUCAUAGUUCAGCACAAUUUAUGUGCUUUUAUGGACUUUUAAAUUUUUAUCUGUACACCAUGGCGUAUGUGUACUCACCGAAUGGACGUGUUUCCUUAGAAUUGGCUGUAACUAAAGAUAAUCCAGCGUUUUCAAUGAUAAACGAUUCAGACGAAGAAGUCGUAUAUGGUUCGGAGGAUGAAUCAAGGCGGCCUUUAAAUUCAGGUGGCAAAAAUGACUACGACAGUGACUGAAUGGAUUUUUUUAAACGCAAAGUAUAUUCAAAUCCGAAUAUUUGUUUGUUUCUUGGAAAAUUUCUUCAUUGUUGUAUUUUGUAAAAAAAAAACUGUAAGACGAGAGUGAUCUGAUUUGAUUGAACCUACAUUUUUGUAAUUUUCGUGGGUGGUGGAUUUUGCUAAUUUGAAAGUUUGUUAAAUUAUAAUGUGGCUACCUGCAAAAGCUCUAUAACGAUAACAUACAAAAAAAAAACAAUAAAUUUUAUGCAAAUUAUAUGAAGAAAUAUAAAAAAAUUAUGUACAAAACUAAAAUUAA